AUGGCUACUCGUAGAACAAGGAAUAACGAUGAUUUUGAUCAAAAUCAUCAACUUGGUGAACAACAACAGAAACAAGCUAAUGAAGCAAACAUUCUCACUCUUCAAAUUGAAAUCGCACAAUUACAAAAGGAAAAAGCUGAAGCCGAUGCUGAACUCAAUCAAUUUAAAACUGAAAAAGCCAAAUUAGAAGAAGAAGAAACGAAAAACACAGCUCGUUUGAAAGAAUUAGAAGCUCUUAUUCAAAAUCUCAAAGUCGAACAAGCAAAAUUAGAUGAAGAAAUCAACAAACUAGGAGAUGAACAAGAAAAAUUAGAGCAGCAACUUGCGGAACAACAACAAAUACUUGAUCAAAACAAAAAACAACUCGAAGAGAUCAAAGAAAAAUUAGGAGAAUUAAAAGAAAAAUUACAAGAAUUUCAAGACGAAAAAGAACAAUUAGAAGAACAAAGAAAAGUUCUCGAACGAGAAAAACAAGAAAUUGAACAGAAAAUUAGUGAAUUAACAUUACAAAUCAAACAAUUAGAACAAGAAAUUAAAGCGACCAUGGAACGUAUCCGAUUAAUUCAAGUUGAAAUUGAACGAUGUGAAAAUGAAAUACGUCAAAUUGAAGAAGAUAUUCGACGAAAUGAAGAAUUAAUUGAAAAAACCGAACAAAAACUUUCAGAAAUGAAAGACACAUUAGCAAAAUUACAAGAUGAAUGUGAUCGUUUAGAACAAGAAAUUGAAAUAAUUGAAGAUAAAUUAGAUAAAAUUGCACGAAUUAUUGAUAUGAAACAAAAUCGAAAACAAGAAUAUGAACAAUUAAAAAAUGAAUUACUUCAAGAAUUACAAGAAGCUAAACAAAGGUAUGCAGAAAUUCAACGUGAAAUACAACAAUUAAACCAACAAAUACAGCAACAGCAACAAGCUAUACAACCAUUAGAACAAGAAUUUAGAAAACUAGCAGAUGCAAUACGUCAACGUGAACAAGAAUUAAAGAAAAUACUAUCAGAUGCUGAACAAUGGAGGUAA